CAAAGCCGCAAUUUCAAGAUAGAACCGAUUAACCCGAACCGCCACCGCCCGCCCGCCUGCAACUUUCAUCUGCGCUAGUACUGCCUUCUUCCAGUCGCCAUUUGAGCUCACGUUUUCUGAAGACCUCCACUCAGUCGAAACUGAGCGCCAUCAACAUCUAACAUGGUAACGCUCUACAGUCUGAAGAGCCUUGGAUUUGGUCAUUCAACAUUUGCCACUACAUUCGGUUCCAAAACUAAAAGAUUUAUCGUCGGAGAUCUAAAACCCUCACGCAUUUCUCUUCAAAACCAGUUACUCUACAGACCCAUUGCCACAGAAAUCUCAGAAAACCAGCACAAUUUCACCGUCAAUUACCUCAUAAACUCAUGUGGGUUGUCGCCAGAAGGCGCGAUUUCAGCAUCCAAGUGGGUCGAAUUGCAUUCCCCUGAAAGAGCGGACUCUGUUUUGGCCCUUCUCAGAAGCCAUGGAUUCUCUGAAACCCAAAUCUCAAAGCUCGUCAGGUCGCGUCCGCAGCUUCUUUUAGCCAAUCCGGAGAAGACCCUUUUGCCGAAGCUCGAGUUUUUCCGGUCUCUCGGAGUUUCGAGGCAGGACCUUGCGCAAACUCUGGCUUUCAAUCCGAAGCUUCUUUCAAGAAGUUUGAAGAAACAGAUUAUUCCCACUUACGUCUUUCUGAGGAGUAUUGUUUCUGAGAAGAAGCUUGUUGCUAUUUUCAAGCACAACUCGUGUAUUUUCGUUGAAAGUAACUGCAAUGUGGUGGAGAACAUUGGGUUUUUGAGAGAACUGGGUAUGCCCCAUUCGUGCAUUUCUAUGUUGCUGGCUCACUUCACUACUGUUUUGAUGGUGAGCCCUGAAAAAUUUGGUUUGCUUGUGAGUGAGGUUAAGGAAAUGGGGUUUAAUCUUGAAAAAUCGACUUCUGUGAAUGCACUGCGUGCAUUGUGUGGGAAGAAUAAGCUGAUAUGGAAUCGGAGUCGAGAAGUUUUUAGGAGGUGGGGUUGGUCUGAGGACGAUGUUCUUUCUGCUUUCAGGAAGAACCCGCAGUUUAUGAUUGUGUCAGAGAAGAAACUGCUGCAAGCAAUGGAACUUCUAGUGAAUGAGAUGGGAUGGCCUUCAGAAAUGAUUGCCAAGUAUCCAGUGGUCUUGAGUCUCAGCUUGGAGAGGAGACUUAUUCCGAGGUGUUUGGUUGUUAAGGUUCUGUUGUCGAAAGGAUUGAUAAACGAAAACUUGAAUAUCGGUUCGGUGUUGCUUCCUCCAGAGAAGCAUUUCAUAGAGAGGUUUGUAACUAAAUAUCUCAAACAAGUACCUCAGUUGCUUAGUAUGUAUCAAGGGAAAGUGGAUGUCGAGGAUGUACGAUCUUGAUACCUUGAAAUGGUUUUUGCAAGCGUAUGGCUGAAACGGGAGUUUGAACUUAUUGUGAAACUGACAAGAAAAUGAAGUAAAUGAAGGCACCACAAACGGAAGUGAGUUGUUAAAACCUUUUGUUCGGAGUUUAUAUUCUGUGUAUAUGUUGUGAAGCCCCAUUAGUUACCAAGUGAAGUUUAGAACACUAUGUAAGCUUGUUAUUCAUGUUAAGGAGAAUAUGAUGCCUAAUAUGCAGUAUUUGCAGCGUUCUGGUGAUUCUGAGAAACCAUGGAUUCCAUCGAACCUAGAUGUUAAAGGUUGUCCGGUCAUGCUCCGAAAGUUCUUCUAUUUGAUCCUGAGAAAACUCUUUUGCUAAAGCUUAAGUAUUUCAGGUUGCUUGGAGUUUCAAGGGAGGACCUCGCGAGAAUUCUGGCUUUUAGUUCGGAGCUUGUGAUAAGAUGCUUGGAGAGACAGAUCAAACCCAAAAAGUCUUUCACUGAAUGUGAUGCCAAAUAUUUGGUCUUUGAGAUUGGUUAUGCCCCAUUCAUGCAUUUCUCUAUUUUUCACUCAUUGCACCACCGUUUCAGUGGAGAAUCAUGGAAUUCAAUCUUGAAAACUCCUCUGUGAAUCCACUACAUGCGUUGUGUCAAAGACUAAGUUGAGACGGAAAUGAAAUCUCGAUGUUUUAAGGCGGAAGGGCUGGUCCAAGGAUGAUCUUGUCUCCGCUUUUACCGUCUGCAGUGUAUGAUUGUGUCAGACAAGAAAAUAUUGGAAGCUUGAGAUUGACAGGAUUGGUAGCUGAAAACUUGAGUUUGUGCAGUGCAAUUUGGAGAAGAGAAUUACUCGUAUUAACACUAGUCGAAGAAGAAGAAGACAUGCAGAAAUGUUACAGAGAGCUUUUGGAAGAAAGAAAGAAGCUGAAUACUAUUGGUGUAUUGCCGAGAAUGAAUCAAUACAAGAUACAGAGGGAUAUCCUCUAUUUAUACAUGCAUUCUUUCCUUCAAUCGCAAGUAUUCUAACAAACUAACUGUCACCCUUAUCUUUCUACAAUUCCAACUCUCUGUUACAACCUUGCUGAUGUGUACAUAUCCGUCAACAUCCCCCCUCAAUCUCAGCUGGGUUUCCAAGCUUGAGAUUGAAUGAAUGCUUGAGGAACGAAGGACCGUGCAGACCCUUAGUAUGUCUGCGGUUUGAUCUUCAGUAGGUGAGUAUUGAACUUGCAAAUCUCCCUUUUGAACCCUCUCCCGUACGAAAUGAUAAUCUGUAUCUAAGUGUUUUAUCCUUGAGUGAAAAACAGGAUUGGCACUUAAUGCAAUUGCAGAUUUGUUGUCACAGUAUAUCACUGGAGGAAAGGGUAAGACAACUGCCAUAUCCCGAAGAACAUUUCUAAUCCAAGCAACAUCAGCUGCAGUGUGUGCCAAUGCUUUAUACUCGGCUUCUGUAGAACUCCGUGAUACAGAAUCUUGCUUCUGUUGCAACCUUGCUGAUGUGUACAUAUCCGUCAACAACCCGAAGGUGGUGGUCAGUUGUUGAAAGGAUUGGUAGAUGGAAACUUGAGUUUGGGUUAUUUUUCGGAUGUCUAAGGAGAAGUACAUGUCGGAGAGAUAUGCGAUCAGAUAUCGAAGUACCUCAAUUGUCGAGUGUGAAGUACCUUAAUCCCUUCCGGAAGUCAUUUUUCAUGGACCAACAAUGUUGUACAAACAGAAGUUGUACAUUAGUUGAAAUUUUAUUCUCAAUAUUUUAAUAAGCACAUGCGUAACAUGUGUACAAUUAAUAGUAUGUGAUAAAGAGACGAACAUUAUCACCCAAUAAUACAUUAGAGCAUUUCCACCCAUUUUGGUGGGUUUGGAUCUAGGACUAGAUUUAUGGCAAUUCUUAUGCACAGCAUAUUAUUUUUAAUGUAUAGUUUGAUUAUUUAAUCAUUAUUGAACGGAUGAGAUCACUUUAAAAUA